CAUCGAGCAGCAGUAACACAUCUGAGGAACCACAAAACCAACCAAAAAAGGGGGAUUUCCACUCUGACUUUUGUUUCUCUUCUCUACUGGAUCACAGCCUUUACGGAGCCGAUUGACAGAGCAGAAGCACCUUCAACUUCCAUCAUUUUCUUUGGUCAACAUUUGUGUUUUUCCCCCUUCACGCUCCUCCACUCCGCUCGGAUUGAUAGGCGCUGGCUAAUCUUUUCCCGCAAACAUGCUCAACAACAUGGAUUUGAACUCUCAAGACUCUUUCUACCCUCAGUUUGAGAGUUGUAACACCUCUGCCAUGGCCAUGGAAACUCACGGAGCCAAAGAAGAGCGGGACCUCGUCUUCAUGGACGCAGCACACUUUCCACACGCAGACACCUCGGUGACUCCUAAAACCGAGCCCGUCUCGGCGGACCUCUACUCGCCGUGCUUGGGCCCCAGAGGGAGCUUCGACUCCUCGCUGUCCUACUCGGGCAGCUUCUACGUGGAGGCGUCGCGCGGAGCCUCGUGCAGCGCGGAGACUCUGCUCAGCAUGAUCAGCGAGAUCGUCGGCGGCGUCUCCACGAGCCCGAGCGCGGACGCGCGGGGAAGCGCCAGCACGAGCGCCACCCCGCCUCCUCUCUACCCCCCGGUGGGGCAGCAGCAGCAGCAGCAGCAGGGCCAGGGCUACGCGGAGUCCGUCCCCCUGACCGAGGCCGCCGCGCUGCCCGUGCUGGUGGUGAAGCGCGAGCUGGAAAGCGAAGGGUACGAGUGGAGCGCGAGCGAGUACGAGAACAACAACAGCAGCAGCACCAGCAGCGCCAACAACGCCGGCAGCGCCAACAACAGCGGCUACUACUGCUACUUCCAGCCGGAGCCCUUCCAGCACGCGGACGUGAAGGACCUGCUGGACUCGUUCGGCCCCGUCAACCCGGACGGGGACUUCAAAGCGGCGGAGAGCGCCGUCAAGCACGAGCAGGACUUCGCGAGUGCGUGCGCGCACGCUUUCGGCGCCAGCAACAACAACAACAACAGCAGCAGCUACGUGACCUCCUCCUCUUCCUCUUCUUCCUCCUCUUCCUCCUCGUCUUUAUCCUCCUCUUCCUCAUCUUCUACCAUCGACUCGCUCCUCUUCUCCUCUUUGCUGCCCGAGUCCUUUGCGCAAACGUACGCAGCGCGCCCGCAAAAGCCCGCACGUGUGCGCAAGAGCGGCGGCGGCGGCGGUGGUUCAGGUGCGCCUCCGCGCGCUAAGGAGAAGCCCUUCGCGUGCCCCAUGAGCGGCUGCGAGCGGCGCUUCUCGCGCUCGGACGAGCUGAACCGGCACGUGCGCAUCCACACGGGCCACCGGCCCUUCCGGUGCCGCGUGUGCGCGCGCAGCUUCAGCCGCAGCGACCACCUGACCACGCACACGCGCACGCACACCGGAGAGAAGCCCUUCUCCUGCGACGCGUGCGGCAAGCGGUUCGCGCGCAGCGACGAGAGGAAGCGGCACGCGCGCGUGCACCUCAAGCAGCGCGAGAAGGAGCUCGAGCGUCAGCAGGCGGCCGGAGCGGCGGCGGCGGCGGCAGCUGCGGCCGCGGCGGCAGGGGGAUGGCCCUUUCCCAGCACGCGGGGGGGUCUCCUGAGUUAAACAACAAACAAACAAACGAAGGCACGAACAAACAAACGUAAAAAAAGGCCAUCACGAGCUUUUGAGGCCCUAAUGAGCUUUUGUAUGAGAAAGAGAGAGAGAGAGAGAGAGAGAGAGAGAGAGAUAAAGAGAGGGAGGCUGUGCAAGACGCUCCAGCUUGAAAGACUUUAAAGCUUUUCUGUAAAAAUGAUAAGAAAUUCCAGUUGGGUUCCAGCUUUCUGUGCUUGGACCCCUAAUUAAAAGCUAUUUGAUCACAGGUCACUCUCAGUUUGAGCAUCAGAAUAGAGGGAGAGGACGUUUGGUCCCCCACAAAGCAAAGCAGAGAACUUUAAAUGGACCCCUCAUCUGCUUCUUCCCUCAUGCCGCUUGCUCUCUGUGCAGCAACCGCAGAAAAAAAACUGAUCUUUUGAGGUUUUGUUUUGGUUUGUUUUGUAUU